CGGUGCUGCCCGCCUCGCCCGGCCCCUGCCCGCCCCUACCUCAGGCCUCACGGGAAGUGAUGUUGCCUUGACGGAAAAGACACGGUUGCGGCCCGAAAAGGGGCAGGUGCGGCGGAGGCGGCGCUGCGGGAGCCCCGGCGGCCGGGGGAGGCUGCUUGCUGGGAAGGUUCAGAAGGUCUCCUCGGCCUGAUUUGCAAUGCUUGGGCUAAACUAAGGCUUUGAUGAUCUUGGAUCUAAAGAAAGCUAAGUCCAUCAGAAAAGCAUAUUGUUUUUUCUAGCUCUGUGCCUCCUGAAUUCUCACUAUGUCUGAUGGGGACUAUGAUUACCUCAUAAAAUUUCUAGCACUUGGUGAUUCUGGAGUAGGAAAGACCAGCCUUCUUUACCAAUAUACAGAUGGCAAGUUUAACUCCAAAUUUAUCACAACGGUGGGCAUUGACUUCCGGGAAAAGAGAGUGGUGUAUAGACCCAAUGGGCCGGAUGGUGUUGGGGGCAGAGGACAGAGAAUACAUCUCCAGCUCUGGGACACUGCAGGGCAGGAAAGGUUUCGUAGCUUGACAACGGCUUUCUUCAGAGAUGCCAUGGGCUUUCUGCUGCUCUUUGAUCUGACAAAUGAGCAAAGCUUUCUGAAUGUCAGGAACUGGAUAAGUCAGCUACAAAUGCACGCGUAUUGUGAAAACCCUGACAUUGUGUUAUGUGGAAACAAGAGUGAUCUGGAAGACCAAAGGAUGGUGAAAGAAGAAGAGGCUAAAGAACUUGCAGAAAAAUAUGGAAUACCAUACUUUGAAACCAGUGCAGCUAAUGGGAAUAAUGUCAGCAAAGCCAUUGAAACUCUGCUUGACCUCAUUAUGAAGCGCAUGGAGCGGUGUGUGGAUAAAUCCUGGAUCCCUGAAGGGGUGGUGCGUUCCAAUGGGCACAGCUCUACAGAACAACUCAAUGAGGAGCAAGAAAAAAGCAAAUGUGGCUGUUAGCCCAGUUACAAUUAAUUUUAAUAUGUAUUAUAUAGUACAGUUGCAGCUUAACUGUUAACUUAUGGACAAAUCACAUGGUGUAGUUAUUUAAUGAACUGUAUUAAUUCUUGAUAUUAAUUUUUGUUUUCUGCCUCUCAAACAACCUUGACCUUUGCUUGCAAGGUAUGCAGUUUAUUAGUGAUGGGACAGAGGAUUAAUUUGGUGUAGCACUGGAUAUUCCUCUAAUUCUCUGCUUUGGAGAAAAGGGAAGGAAAGGAGUUUUUAUUACCAAAUUCGGAAACAUCUCUAGGGGCAACAAGAAA